GGCGCAUGCGCAGUGGCUUCACCUAGCGGGCGCCGGCCAUGGCUGAGUGGACUCCUGCCCAGGCCUGGGAAUGGGAUGUGGAGCCCCAGCACCUGGCGUCGUUCCAGCCCCCUGCCCUCUUUGACCAAAGUGCCGAGAGAGAGAUCUACCCGACCGCCGAGAUCUCCCUGUGGACGGUGGUGGCCGCCAUCCAAGCGGUGGAGAGGAAGGUGGAUUCUUACGCCGCGCGGCUGCUGAACCUGGAAGGGAGAACGGCCACGGCCGAGAAGAAGAUCUUUGAGUGCGAGAAGACGGAGCUGGAGUUCAGCAACCACCUGGCCGCCUUGGGGACCCUGAUCCACGAGUACGGGCUGCUCCAGAGGAGGCUGGAGAACAUGGAGAACCUGCUGAAGAACCGGAACUUCUGGAUCCUCCGGCUGCCACUGGGCCCAAAGGGAGAAAUCCCCAAGGUUCCGGUGACUUUUAAUGACGACGCAGCGAACUUCUCCCCCCAAGAGUGGGGCACUCUCGAGGAGUGGCAGAAGGAACUUUACAAGAACAUCACCAAAGGCAACUACGAACCGUUGGUCUCGCUGGACGCUGCCAUUUCCAAAGGUGAGGUCCUCCCCCAGGUGGAGCCAACGGAACCGCCCCGUGUUGUGGAGCAGGAGUUUGUGGGGGACAAGAGGUUCUCCGCAGAGCCCAGAACAGAAGCAGAGCCCUUGGCUUCCAAAGAGGACCUCUUGUCCUGGAUCAAGCAAGAAGAACCUCCCGGCAAAGGGAAGUGGGACCUGGAGAGAGAGAUUCCCCCGGCUCUGGGCUACGACGAGAGCGCCAUGAUCAAAAGCGAGGCCCCGCCUCUCCCGGAGGUCCCCGCCCCCGCCUUCUCCGGCCACGGGAUGCUGCCCGGCCUCCCCAGCGAAGACGUCUUCCACGUCCCAAAGCCGGAAGGGACCUGCGAGAGGCCAGGCUGCUGCCCCCGGGGGCUGCCAGCCCCCCACCCUGCCCCGAGGCUGGAGGAGGCUGCCCAGAGCGAGAGGGGCUGCCGGGACCUGGCGGCCGCCCAGCAGGAGGCCUGCCUCCGAGGGGAGCCCUUCCGGUGCCUCAAGUGCCGGGAGGCCUUCGCCUGUGAGCAGCAGUUUGCCUUGCACCAGAGGAUGCACGUGGGAGAGGAGGCGUACGGGGAAGGGGGGGUGCCGCCGGCCGAGCCCAGCGGCCCGCAGGCCUCGGACCCCUACGUGUGCUCGGACUACAAGGGCAGCUUCGGGGACCCUUCGGCCUUCUCUCAGGCGGCGGGGCGGCCCCACGCCUGCUCCCUCUGCCCCAAGAGUUUCCGGCUCAAGACCAGCCUGCUGAUCCACCAGAAGACCCACGCGGCGGGCAAGAGCGAGAGCCCCUUCGUCUGCCCGGAGUGCGGCUGCGGCUUCAGCCACCAGGGGCAGCUCACCCGGCACCAGGCCAUCCACGCCGACCGGCCCCACCAGUGCUCGGAGUGCCACAAGGCCUUCAACCGCAAGUCCAGCCUGGUGGUCCACCAGAAGACCCACCGCGAGCGGCCCCGGCCCUUCCAGUGCCCGCAGUGCAGCAAGACCUUCAUCCGCAAGCAGCACCUGGACGACCACACCCGCACCCACACCGGGGAGAAGCCCUACCAGUGCCCCGAGUGCGAGAAGCGCUUCGCCGAGAAGUCCAAGCUGACCAACCACUACCGCAUCCACACGGGCGAGCGGCCCUACCGCUGCGGGCAGUGCGACAAGCGCUUCGUGCGGGCCCACCACCUGGUCAAGCACCAGAGCAGCGUCCACCAGGCCGGGGCCAAGCUCUACGCCUGCCGGGAGUGCGGGCAGAGCUUCAGCCACGCCCAGGCCUUCGUCAGCCACCAGGCCGGCCACGCCAACGGCGAGCGGCGCCACCGCUGCGGCGAGUGCCUCAAGACCUUUGCCCGCAGGAAGUACUUGCUGGAGCACCAGCGCAUGCACACGGGGGAGAACCCCUACUCCUGCCCGCACUGUGGCAAGUGCUUCCGCUACAAGCAGUCGCUCAAGCAGCACCUGCGCAUGCACGGGGAGCAGCUGCUGCCUCCGCCGGCGCCCGGGGCGGAGCAGGCCCCGACCCUCAGCGGCAUGUCAGAGGAGAGACCGCCUCUCUUCCAAGCCCCCCCUUCCAACGGGACCUGAAGGCGGGCCGCCAACGCCCAGCGCUGCUCAGAAAAGUGUACAGACGGGCCGUGAAAGGGGACACGCGGUUCAUCCGUUUAAAGACCUUGGCGUGGACAUCCUCCGGGCAGGCU